AUGUCCACUGUCUCAGACGCAGUCAAACAAGCCUUCACUGCCGCAACCCAGAACCCGAAGGUCGCUGACCUUCACAGAGCUACCAUUGACCCCUCUGCAAACCCUACUAAGGGUCUUACUACAGAUCAUGGUGUCUUUGUCUCCGAUACAGACAAUUGGCUUAAAGUCACUGACGGCGAAGGUACCGGACCUUCGCUCCUAGAGGACCAGAUUGCCAGGGAAAAGAUACAUCGCUUCGAUCACGAACGCAUCCCGGAGCGCGUCGUUCACGCACGCGGUGCGGGAGCACACGGUUACUUCAAGGUCUACGACGAUCGUGCUUCCAAAUACACAUAUGCUCCCGUGCUCACCGACGCUUCGAGGACGACGCCCGUGUUCGUCCGAUUCAGCACCGUCCAGGGCUCUCGCGGAAGUGCCGACACCGUCCGCGAUGUACGCGGCUUUGCUACGAAGUUCUACACCCAGGAGGGGAAUUGGGACAUUGUUGGCAACGACAUCCCGAUCUUCUUCAUCCAGGACGCGAUCAAGUUCCCAGACUUCGUUCACGCCGUCAAGCCCGAGCCGCACAAUGAGGUGCCUCAGGGGCAGAGCGCUCACAACAAUUUCUGGGACUUCGUGGGUCUCCAACCUGAGUCUGCUCAUAUGAUUAUGUGGGUGAUGUCCGACCGCGGAAUCCCGCGCUCCUUCCGCAUGAUGCAAGGUUUUGGUGUGAAUACCUUCACACUCAUGAAUUCCGCGGGUGAACGUCACUUCGUGAAGUUCCAUUGGCUUCCGGAGCUCGGGGUCCACAGUCUUAUGUGGGAUGAGGCACUGAAGAUCGCAGGACAGGAUCCUGACUUCCACCGCAAGGAUCUUGAGGAAGCCAUCACCAGUGGAGCCCUUCCGAAGUGGAAGUUCGCUAUCCAGACGAUCCCGGAGUCUCGAGAGCAUGAGUUUGAUUUCGACAUAUUGGACGCUACAAAGAUUUGGCCGGAGGAGCUCGUACCGCUUCAAGUAAUCGGUGAGAUGGUGCUCAACAGGACGGUGGACGAGUUCUUCCCUGAGACGGAGCAAGCGGCAUUCUGCACCAGCCACGUCGUCCCCGGGAUUGGCUUCAGUGACGACCCGCUAUUGCAGGGUAGGAACUUCUCCUACUUUGAUACUCAGAUCACCAGGUUGGGCGUUAAUUGGCAGGAACUUCCAAUUAAUCGGCCUGUGUGCCCGGUACUCAAUAAUCAGCGCGAUGGGCAGAUGCGACACAAAAUUACCAAGGGGCAAAUCAAUUACUGGCCGAAUCGCCUAGAAAUUGGUCGUCCUGUACCCACGAGCGACGGAGGCUAUGCGGACUUCGCUCAGAGGGUAGCGGGAAUUAAGCAGCGUGUUCGCGGUGCCAAAUUCCAAGAGCACUACAAACAGGCUCAAUUGUUCUAUAAUUCACUCGCGCCCCACGAGAAGGCCCAUAUUGUCAACGCCAUCUCCUUCGAGCUGAGUCAUUGCGAUGAUUCCGUCGUAUACGAGUUGUACAGCAAGAUUCUCAACAACAUCGAUUUCGAGCUUGCCAAACAGGUCGCCAUCAAUGUUGGCGGUGUGAUCCCCGAAGCACCGGCGCGGGAGAACCACGGCAACGCGACGCCCACGCUCUCCCAACUUUACUACGCCCCCAAGGUGCCCACCAUCGUCUCCCGCCGCAUUGCCAUCCUACUUGCGGACGGCUUCAACCUUGCUGAGGUCGAAGCGCUUCGUGCCGCACUGAAGGUUGGCGGCGCCACGACUUGGAUUAUUGGGCCCCGUCGUGGUUGGGUUCGCCCUUCCGGCGAAAAGAUCGGCUCCGGUACUGGCGUUUGGGCCGACCAUCAUUACGAAGGACAGCGGAGCACGUUGUUUGAUGCGUUCAUUAUCCCCAGUGGCGCGGAGCAUGCGCAGAGUCUGGCGAAGAAUGGACGCACGAUCCAUUGGGUCAGAGAGGCGUUCGGUCAUUGCAAGGCCAUUGGUGCCAUAGGCGAAGGCGUAGCGUUCCUGCACGAGGCAGUCAUACUGCCCGGCGUACAGCUUGCCACCAACAUGAAGAACGAUGCCGUGACGUCGUCGUACGGCGUUGUUACCACCGGCCAAUACGACGUGAGCUCUGCGGCUGCCCACAAGUUCUCGAUUGGGCGGUCGGAGAAGGGAUUUGUGUCCAACUUCGCCUAUGAAGUCAGCCAGCAUAGGUGCUAUGAACGGGAACUUGAUGGCUUGACCGCUGCAGUUGCCUUCUAA